CCGGUAACUACUACAUUCAUCUACUAUCUUCUAGCCACAUUACUUCUCUUUUGUAACCAUGCAAAUCAAGUUGUCCUCUCUAUUUCUGACGGUGGUCCUGGCUUUGCACCUGUGUUUCCUGUUCUCGGCCUCUGUCCAAGCCCAUCCCACUGGCUCGAAGGAUCCAUCCGGUGUCACUGCCGAAGGCGCUGAAAAAAUAAAGCAAGAUGUUGUUGCUGCCGCUGCUGCUUCUGAACAUGGCACUACUGCUGGCAGUACUCCUGGAGGAACAGAAACAGAAAGACGCCAAUUUGCAACUUACUUGCGUGCUCUCGAUACCGCCAUUCAGCGCUCCCGGGCUGAAUCAAAGGGCCCGUCCGGCAGUGUCCCCUUCAUGAACACGGUUGCUCUCCAGAUGGUUAAAUUGACGUCAAGUCCCGAAUAUGAGCAGCAAUCCCAACAGCCAGCGGAAGGUGAGCAGCAACCCGCCCCGAAUCGAGACGAAUUGAUUGCAAUCGCUGUGGAUGUUGUCAACGGAGCUGCCGACGGAUUUUUUGAAAAUACUGGAAUCACCGGACUUCUCAAGAUUGCAUUGUUAACAUUGCUUGAAACCGUCCUCUCGCUCGUCGCUCUGUUGAUGUAAAAACUUUCUCUCUCCCAAUAUAUAACUUAAACCUACUUAAUUUUUAAAUGACUCUUCUUUGAGCCUAAUAUCCAAGAUACUUUAAAAUAAAAUAAGCAUGUUGUAAAAGC